UAGCGGGCACGGCCGUCGUGAAAGGAUCAGAAUAAAAGUGUUAUCAGUAGUUUAAAAUACAGUGUGAUUUGUCAGAAUAGAGCGAACACUUUUGUAAAUAUAUAUUUUUUUAGUUUCUUAUAAGCCGGACAGUGCCCCUCUAUAUUGAAAAAUUUCUAUCAAAAAGUAUUUCAUCGCGUUUCAGUGGGUAUUUUGAAGUGUAGAAUUGAGAAAAAAAUCUUGCCUAGUCAUUGCUGACUUUCAAAAAUUGUGUGUUUGGUGACAGUGUGAAUUGAAAAAAGUUAUAGGAUAUUUUUUUAUUUAUUUGAAUAGUUUUGAUGGAUAAUAAAGUUUAAAUCACUAUAGAGUUGUGAGUUCAUCAUUUUUUGCUGUGACUGUAAUAGGCCGGCGCCAAUAUGUUGGGCGUAUCAAGGAUGACAGGCGCAAUGAGGUGCCACCUCAAGAAGCAGUUCAUGCAGCUGUCCAUGUCCAGGCAUUACUCACCCGAAGUCGAAUACAAGCCAAUCCGAAAAGUACUUGUUGCCAACAGAGGUGAGAUCGCGAUCCGUGUGUUCCGAGCAUGUACCGAGCUGGGCAUCCGUUCCGUAGCCAUCUACUCGGAGCAGGACAAGAUGCAGAUGCACCGGCAGAAGGCCGACGAGUCCUAUGUGGUUGGCAAGGGACUGCCACCUGUACAGGCAUAUCUCAACAUUCCCGAGAUAAUCAGAGUUGCCAAGGAAAACGACGUGGACGCAAUCCACCCUGGUUACGGAUUGCUAUCUGAGAGAAGUGACUUCGCUCAGGCAGUCAUUGAUGCAGGCAUCCGUUUCAUUGGUCCCACUCCUUUCGUUGUACAACAGAUGGGUGACAAGGUUCGUAGAGAAUUAUGCUUUCAACAACUUCAAAAAUUAAAACAAGUAUAAUAUAAUCACCAUCAUACUCUAUAGCACUUACAUUCCUAAACCAAUGCUAUAUAUUCAUAUUCAGAGUGUAUCGUAUUCAGAGAGUAUAGAAU